AUAAUACACACUCUGUCAUGUAGUUUGGCUAAAACUAGUGUAUUAUAAUUGAUUAAAAUGUGCUGACGCGACGCAUCCGGCUAACAGUGUUAGAAGUUUAGCACACUGUACAGUACUAACAUUGAGGUUUGGUCUGCACAGUGGAAGCUUUUAAAGAAAACCAAUGUGUCACCGUCUUCCAGUGUGUUUGUGCUUUUAUUUCAAUGGGCUCCUGUGUGGUUUGGUGAGAUGUGAACCUAAGCUCAGCUCCAGUGUUCCUCAGUGUGUUGUGUGUAAACAUCACGGGGUUUGGGGCAGAAACAGAAACUUUGCUGACUCCAGUGUUACACAGAGAGAUCUACAGGGACACUUAUACAGUUUAGCCUCCGAAGGUUAUCACUAAAGUGCGUGUGAAUGCAGAAUGCUGGACACGGUGACGGUGAGCUGGUUUGUGCCGCACAAUAACGGCACCCUGCCUCCAUCUAUAGAGAACACAUCGGUUCUGCCCACAUGGCCACCUCAGUCCAACAUCAGCCAACCACACGGCUGCCUGCGGAUUCUUUACGAGGAUAUCGGCACCUCCAGGGUGCGCUUUUGGGACCUGCUGUUGCUGGUGCCUAACAUAGCGUUCCUCGGGUUCCUGAUCUGGAAGCUUCCAUCAGCUCGAGCCAAGAUCCGGCUUACCUCCAGCCCCAUCUUUAUCACUUUUUACAUCCUGGUGUUUGUGGUGGCAGUUGUUGGAAUCACUCGAGCUAUUGUCUCUAUGACUGUGAGUGCAUCAAGUGCAGCUAUCAUCAUCGACAAGGUGCUGUGGGAGAUCACACGCUUCUUCCUGUUGACCAUCGAGCUCAGCGUCGUCAUAUUAGGACUGGCUUUCGGUCAUUUGGAGAGUAAGUCGAGCAUCAAACGGGUUUUGGCCAUAACUGCAGUGUUAGCACUGGCUUACUCGAUUACACAGGGUACACUGGAGAUUCUGUACCCAGAUCAGCAUCUGUCUGCCGAUGAUUUCAAUAUCUACGGUCACGGAGGGCGACAUUUCUGGUUGGCCAGCUCUUGCUUCUUCUUCCUGGUUUAUUCUCUGAUCGUUGUUCUGCCCAAAACCCCAAUCAGAGAAAGAAUAUCAUUACCAUCUAAGAGAAGUUUUUACGUGUAUGCUGCCAUCUUGUCAGUGCUGAAUAUGGUGCAGGGUCUGGGUAGUGCUCUGCUCUGUGCUGAUAUCAUAGAAGGCUUGUGCUGUGUUGAUGUCACAACAUUCCUUUAUUUCUCGGUGUUUGCUCCUCUCAUCUACGUAACAUUCCUCAAAGGGUUCUUUGGUUCAGAGCCAAAGAUCUUGUUCUCCUACAAGUCUCAGAUUGACGAGCCAGACGAGCCUGACGUGCACCUGCCUCACACUUCCUCUGCCGGCCUGGGCAGCAGGAAGGAGCUGGACCACAGCUCCUACUCUAGCACACAGAUAGACACUUCAGGGGCUUAUCUGGACGACGUAGUGUCUGGGCCCUUUGGAACCGGAAACAGCAUCAACAGCAUCGACAGUGACCGAUGGAGGGCCAUCAAUGCCUAGAGGAGGGAACAGGGCGGACUGGAGAACAGAGGGACUGGCCAUGUUUGACCAAUUAGUGACUGAGUUUCACCCAGUGAACUGCAUUCCCUUUAACACAACGACUAGGCUUUGGAUUUGAGCUCAGCUUGCAUGACAGCUCAGUAUAUGACAGUUUGUCUGUGCUCAGUCAAGAUCUUUUUUUCUUUCUUUUUUUUUACUAUUAUUUGUGCUUUUUAAAAACUCCUGCACACUCCGAGUUGUAGCACCAUAUUAUUUGUGCUUUUUAAAAACUCCUGCACACUCCGAGUUGUAGCACCAAUAUGUUUCAAAACCUGUUGAGUAUCUAGGUUACAAUUGAAGGAAUAGUCUUGACCUGAAAGCUUGGCUGUAAUUCAGCUCAGACAGGAUUAUCUGAAUGAUGAGUUACAGACAAUAGAAAAAUUUAGAUAUAUUGCUAUGACCUGUGCUUGGAUCUACUGCUUCUGUGUUCACUUGUAUUGUUUUAUUUAUUUUAGUGAUCAAGUUAGUUAUAUUUUACCCUGUUCUAUUUUCAUUCCAUUUGUAAAACAGACCAAGCAGCAUAAACAAGAUCUUGUCAUGUCAGCUUUUCGGUCCAUCAUGCUUUUUUUUCUGCAGACAUAGCCAGGCUUUAAUGGCCAAAAAUGUAUAUUUGAGUUUUUAAUCUUUGUGCAGUUUGUUUAAUAGUGAAAUCAUUGUCGAACUCUAAUAACAUGCCAGUGGCUUGCAUAUUUUACAUCACAAUAUGAAGGAUGUAUCAAUUUAUGGAUGGUGGCAAUACCAGAUAUUUUAUUUUCAUAGAAGGAAAGCUGGACAAUGUCCUCAGAUUUUUGUUUGUUUGUUUGUUUAUGUGGUUGUGUUUUUUUUUUUUUUUUUUGGCUGUGAAAUUUAUGCACACUACUCGCUUUAUCAAAAAUAAGUACAGAGACAGUAAACUGAGAAUAAUUUAAAGCACUCUAACACUUAAGAUGCUUUUAAAAUGAACAUGCUUUUUAAAACCAGGCCCUGCUUGGCAGUUACUAAAAAGACAACUUCUUUUUAAUCUAUUAGAAAUCUCCCUGAAAAGCUAGAACACAGUAACACUUCAUAAACGUAUAAAAUUGAGAAAACUGUAUUGUUUCCACAAAAUGCUGUCAUACAGUGUUCAUGAAAAGGUUAUUUUUUUCCAUGUAUGUACAUAGUUGCAGUAUGCUGUUGUCUAGAUCUUCCUGCCUAUAGUCAUAUAGUGUGUUUGCUGUGGAAGUGCACGCUGCACCUUGUGCCAUCCUAAAUCCAAACACUGGUUUUGUAAGAUUGUGACUCAUUAAAACUUGUUACUGUGUGAUAUGC